AUGGACAGCCUAGAAGCAUUUCUCAAGGCAUGGGGCAGUUAUCCGACAGGCGUGUCUGUUGUCACAUCGAUAGAGCCGGACGGCAGCGUGCAUGGCAUGGCGGCGAAUGGAAUCAACUCGGUGUCGCUUGAUCCGUUGCUGGUGCUAGUCUGCGUCGGGCACAACCGCAACUCAUAUCCGCUCAUCAAGGAGGCGGGCCGCUUCGCCAUCAACAUCCUCAGCCAAGAGCAGCAGGCGAUCGCCAGCUACUACGCCGGUCCCGCCGAGGCACGCAACGCCGACUUCGAUGUCGCGUUUACCUACACGGAUAGCGGCGCGGCAUUUAUAGAUGGCAGCAUCGCCUCCAUGGACUGCCGCACGGUGAAUGAGCAUGUAGAGGGCGACCAUACGGUAUUCAUCGGCGCGGUGGAGCGGAUCGAUGUGAACGACGGCGAAGCGCUCGCGUACAGCCAAGGGAAGUUCGGGCGCGUAGUUAUGGACGACGCAUAA